GAUGGCCUACCUUGCUCCGCAGAAGGCUUAUUGGAGAAGAAAGGAUAGCCAUGAUCUGCAAAAUAUGUUUAACGAGCUUGGUACACUAGACGCGUUUGUAAUGGAUGUCGACCAGACGUCAGCUUCUCUUGACGUUAUUCUGUUCAGCAGCAACGAUUACAACGUUAAUCGAGAGUUUGCGGCUUUGAGCGAAGGCAAGUGGCUUGGGGAGAAUUUUGCUGGACAAAAUGACGCAGCGUAUCGCCAACGGCUUAAAACAUUCAACGAGCAGUACCCAUCUUUUACAGACAUUGAGGAAGGUCGCUACCCAACGGUUGCCGAGCUCGAACGUGCCUUGUUGCGUGAAUUCGACUUUGAGCAUCACUACACAAAGACAGCACACGGCCAACGCGCCUUGACGGUGGUGAAGGAAUUUAAGUUGUCCCCAAGGCGCUUUGCGCUCAACACACUGCCGUUGUCUAAUCCGUUCCGGGAGCUUUUCGAAUGA